AUGGUAAUAGCAAGUGAUGAAAGCUUUAUGAAUGAAAUUGACAAUUUAAUAAAUGAUGUGGAUGAUGAAAGAAUAGAUAAUAAUGAUGAAUUAGAGUUUUGUGUAGCUCCAGUGGAUGUACCAAGAAACUUUAUAAAAUAUGCACAAACUCAAAAUAAGAAAUUAUUUGAUUUUCAUAAAGGUACUACAACUUUAGCAUUUAAAUUUAAAGAUGGUAUAAUAGUUGCAGUAGAUUCUCGAGCAUCUAUGGGAUCUUUUAUAUCUUCACAGAAUGUUGAAAAGAUUAUUGAAAUAAAUAAAAAUAUAUUAGGAACAAUGGCAGGAGGAGCUGCUGAUUGCUUAUAUUGGGAAAAAUAUUUAGGUAAAAUAAUAAAGAUUUAUGAAUUAAGAAAUAACGAAAAAAUAUCAGUACGAGCAGCUAGUACUAUAUUAAGUAAUAUUUUAUAUCAAUAUAAAGGAUAUGGUUUGUGUUGUGGUAUUAUUUUGAGUGGUUAUGAUCAUACUGGAUUUAAUAUGUUUUAUGUUGAUGAUUCAGGAAAAAAAGUUGAAGGAAAUUUAUUCAGUUGUGGUAGUGGUAGUACAUAUGCUUAUUCUAUUUUAGAUUCAGCUUAUGAUUAUAAUUUAAAUCUAGACCAAGCUGUUGAAUUAGCUAGAAAUGCAAUUUAUCAUGCUACUUUUAGAGAUGGUGGUUCAGGAGGAAAAGUAAGAGUUUUUUAUAUUCACAAAAAUGGAUAUGACAAAAUAAUUGAAGGAGAAGAUGUUUUUGAUUUACAUUACCAUUAUACUAAUCCUGAACAAAAGGAUCAAUAUGUUAUGUAA